AUGGCCACGAAAGAGCUGAAGGAGUAUACGGCCGAGGAGGUCGCGCAGCAUAAUAAGGAGGGCGACCUGUGGGUUGUUAUAGACGCCACGGUGUACGACCUCUCGAAAUUCGCGAACUUGCACCCUGGAGGGGUCGGCGUCCUGCUCGCCUCGACCGUAGCCGGCAAGGACGCGACGGAGGCGUUCUUCGGGCUGCACCGACAAGAGGUGCUGCGCCGCCCGGCGUACGCGCGGCUGCGAAUCGGCUCGCUCGCGGGCGCGGCGCCGGUCGUGCGCGCGCUCGCGGCGGGCGAGGUGUCGCGCGUGCCGUACGCGGAGCCGACGUGGCUCGCGGACGGGUACAGCAGCCCGUACUACAGCGCGGGGCACCGGCGCUUCCAGGCGGCGGUGCGCGCGUUCGUGAUGGAGGUCGUGUAUCCCGACGCGCAGCGCUGCGAGGAGGGCGGGCAGCGGAUCGCGCAGGAGGUGGUGGAUAAGAUGGGGGAGAUGAAUAUCACGGCGAUGCGGUUGGGACCCGGGAAGCACCUGAAGGGGCGCACGCUCAUGGGCGGGGUCGUCACGCCCGAAGAAUUCGACUAUUUCCACGAGCUGAUCAUCAACUUUGAGCUCGCGCGGUGCGGCACGCGCGGGUACAUGGACGGGCUCGUGGCGGGGACGAUCAUUGGGCUGCCGCCGGUGCUCAACUUCGGCUCGCCGGCGGUGCAGGCGGCGGUCGUGCCGGACGUGCUCGCGGGGCGCAAGUUCAUCUGCCUGGCGAUCAGCGAGGCGUUCGCGGGGAGCGACGUGGGCGGGCUGCAGACGGAGGCGCGGCGGGAGGGGGACGAGUGGGUGAUCACGGGGACGAAGAAGUGGAUCACGAACGGGACGUUCGCGGACUACUUUACGGUCGGGUGCAAGACCGAGACGGGGUUCACGGUGAUCCUGGUGCCGCGGGACGCGCCGGGUGCGCUGUCGACGAAGCCGAUCAAGACGGCGUACUCGUCGACGGCGGGGACGGCGUACGUGACGUUCGACAGGGUGCGGGUGCCGGUCGGGAACACGCUCGGGCGGGAGGGCGGGGGGCUGCAAGUGAUGCUGAGCAACUUCAACCACGAGCGGUGGAUGAUCGUGAGCAUGAGCCUGCGGAUGCAGCGGCUGGUCGUGGAGGAGUGGGCGCAGCAGCGGCGGGUGUUCGGAAAGCCGCUGAACGCGCAGCCAGUGAUACGGGCGAAGCUGGCGGCGAUGAUCUCGCGGGUCGAGGCGGGGCAGAACUGGCUGGAGAACGUGACGCACCAGAUGAACAACAUGUCGUACGAGGAGCAGAGCGACAAGCUCGCGGGGCCGAUCGGGUUGCUGAAGCAGUUCAUCACGCGGACGGGGCGGGCGACCGCGGAGGACGCGACGCAGAUCUUUGGGGGGCGGGGGAUCACGAAGACGGGGAUGGGGCGGCUGAUCGAGAACUACCACCGGACGUCGCCGUACGACGCGAUCUUGGGCGGGGCGGAGGACGUGCUGGGGGACCUCGGGGUGCGGCAGGCGCUGAAGAAGAUGCCGAAGACCGCGCGGCUGUGA